AUGGGCCCAAGCAAGAUCCGUCAGGCCCUAGGGGCCGUGAAAGACAAGACAAGCAUUGGGCUAGCGAAGGUGAAUGGGAGCAGCACCUCCGUCUCCGAACUGGAGGUGGCCAUCGUAAAGGCUACUCGACACGAAGAAAAUCCAGCGGACGAGAGACACAUUAGGGAGAUUCUGAGCUUAACCUCUUAUUCCCGUGUCUACAUCAGUGCUUGCGUCAACAUAUUAUCGAGGAGACUCAACAAGACUAAGAACUGGACCGUGGCUCUCAAAACACUCAUUUUGAUUCACAGACUCCUCUUGGAAGGCGACCCUGUUUAUGAACAAGAAAUCUUCUUCGCCACCCGCCGUGGAACUCGGCUUCUCAACAUGUCUGAUUUUAGAGAUUGUCGAUCAAACAACUCAUCAUGGGAUUUCUCAGCUUUUGUACGUACUCUUGCUCUCUAUCUCGAUGAAAGACUUGAGUAUCGGAUGCAUGGUCGACGUGGUCGCCGGAGUGGGAUUGGAUACGAGGAUGAAGAAGAGGGAUCUUGGCAACCUCCGGCGAAGACCACACCAGUUCGGGAGCAGAAGACUGACCGUAUCUUUACUAGGGCUCAACACCUGCAACAGAUUCUCGAGCGAUUUCUAGCUUGUCGACCAACAGGUGUCGCGAAACACAACAGGGUGGUCACCGUGGCUCUCUACCCUGUAGUGAAAGAGAGCUUCCAGAUAUACUUCGACAUUGCCGAAAUCAUGGGCAUUUUGAUCGAUCGUUUCAUGGAGCUCCAAGUUCCCGAUUGUCUCAGAGUCCAACAGAUCUUCGCCAGACUUGGGAAACAGUUUGAAGAGCUCGAUUCGUUCUACAGCUGGUGCAAGCAGGUUGGGAUUUGCAGGUCAUCCGAGUACCCAGAGAUCGAGAAAAUCACUGCUAAGAAGCUCGAGGUCAUGGACGAAUUCAUCCGAGACAAGUCGGCUCUUGCCCAGAUGAAGAGAGCUAAUCAACAGUCUGAACAAAAGAAUAAAAACUUCUUCGUCCAAGAAGACAACAAAGAACCAGAGCCCAUUGUGGUUGAAGAGGAAGAGGAUAUGUCAAAGAUCAAAGCGCUGCCGCCACCGGAAGGUUUCCAGCAAGAAGAAGAGUUAAAAGCCAAGGCCCAUAAAGAAGAAGAAGAGACCAAACAAGAACCCAACAACACCGCCACCCUAAAAGAAGCAGAUCUAUUGAAUCUAUACGACGACACGGUCACCACCGAAGAGCAGGGUGACAAGUUGGCAUUAGCCUUAUUCGAUGGCGCCGCCGCACCAUCAUCUUCGUCCCAGGCUCCUCCGGCAUGGGAAGCUUUCAACUCCGAAGACUCCGGGGAUUGGGAAACCGCUUUGGUGCAAUCGACUAGCCACCUAUCGAACCAGCAGACAUCUCUUGCUGGCGGUUUUGAUAUGUUGUUGAUCGACGGCAUGUAUCAACAGUCCGCCGCCAAUGCGGCUGCCGCAGCGGCGCAAGGUGCCUAUGGAGGCACCGGAAGCGCAAGUAGCGUCGUGAUGUCUGGUAAGCCAGCGAUGUUGGCACUUCCAGCACCACCGGUCUCCGCCAAUGGUAUGCCCGCUGUGGGACUGAAUGCUGAUCCAUUCGCUGCGAGUCUAGCGGUGGCGCCGCCCGCAUUCGUGCAGAUGUCGGAUUUGGAGAAGAAGCAGAAGCUGUUGAUGGAAGAGCAGUUACUGUGGCAACGGUAUCAAAGUAAUGGGAUGCAAGGGCAACUCGGACUUACCAAUUUACAACAAAAUCCCUAUCCCUAUGGCUAGAACAUAUGGGGUUAAAUGGGCACAAAUGUCAAAUUUGUGGGA